CGUUUUUGUUUACAUGUUUGUUUUUCAUUAUGCUUCAAACGUUUACCAGACGCUGUCGGUCGUGUGCGCUAUUAUUUCAGUGAUUUUUACCGGUUGUAAAACCAAUAAGUUUUUAGAACUUAUUUAAACCAGCAUAAUGUCCGACGAGGAGGAAUUAGUUUAUGCGAAGCGAUCGAAAACGAUCCACUAUGGAUCACUCGAGGAUUCGGAGCGUAUGCGUCAGCUGAAGGAAUCCAUUCAAGAAUCGUUCGGCGGAUCGGGAGACACUGGGCAGAUUUACACAUCCAGCGAAUAUUUUGAUCUGGAGAAUGAAGUCACUAAGGAUAAAGCAGCGCUUUUAGAGGAAUUCGAGCGGAAGAAAAAAGCCAGGCAGAUUCACGUCAGUACAGAUGAUGUGGAAGUGAAAAGGAAUUUGCGGUCGUUGAACGAACCGAUUUGUUAUUUUGGAGAGGGGCCGGCAGAACGUCGAAUUCGUUUGAAGGAACUGCUUUCUGCUUUGGGUGAGAAUGCUAUCCCACAGAGAAGUGCCAAAGAUGAUGAGAAGAAGCAGCAAUCACAGAAAGAGCAGGAAUCUACGUGGUACCACGAAGGUCCAGAGUCCCUUCGAAUUGCCCGUGUUUGGCUUGCAAAUUAUUCGCUUCCACGAGCGAAGGAACGGUUGGAACAGGCCGCUGAGCAGCUCAAGCUUCCGAGUUCGACAAAAGCUGGGAGAAUGGUUGAGCUGCAGAAACGAAUUCAAUCUCUCGCGCCAUUAUGUAGUCAAGUGGGAGACGUUCGACCUAUCACCAAUUGCUGCUUCAAUUAUGAUUCCUCAUUGCUGCUCACUUCAAGCUUGAGCUCACUUUGUAAGGUUUGGUCUGUACCUAAUUGCACAGAAGUCCAAACGCUGAGAGGUCAUCAAUUUUACGUGAGUGCUAUAGCGUUUCGGGGCGGCAUUCCUACCGAUUCGAAAGGAAUUGUCGCUAUGGCAUCGGGAUGUCACGAUGGAGCCGUAAAGUUAUGGUCUUUCGAUAGUGAGGAAUCUAUAGCGGACAUUAACGGUCACGUACCGCAUCGAGUUUCGAAGCUUGCGUUCCAUCCAUCGGGUCGGUUUUUGGGAACUGCAUGCUACGAUGCGUCCUGGCGCCUGUGGGAUCUGGAACAGAAGCAGGAAGUGUUGCAUCAGGAAGGUCACGCUAAAGCUGUUCACUGUAUUGCUUUUCAGAUCGAUGGGAGCGUUUGUGUCACCGGUGGUUUGGAUGCAUUUGGCCGCGUUUGGGACCUACGAACGGGCCGUUGCAUAAUGUUCCUCGAGGGACACCUCAGCGCCAUUUAUGGGGUGGAUUUCUCCCCAAACGGGUACCACAUUGUGACCGGUAGCCAGGACAAUUCUUGUAAAAUUUGGGAUCUGAGGAGACGACACCCGGUGUAUACGAUUCCAGCCCACACGAACUUGAUUUCGGACGUGAAGUAUCAGAAAAAUGGAGGACACUUCCUGGUGACGGCUAGCUAUGACAACACGGCAAAAAUUUGGUCCAACAAAACGUGGCAACCACUGAAGACGCUGUCUGGUCAUGACAGCAAGGUAAUUAGUGUGGACAUUUCCCCAAAUUCACAGCAUAUUGCAACGACUUCUUACGAUCGUACUUUUAAACUGUGGAGUCCAGAGUGAAUGAGAGAUAAUAAAUGUUGCAAUGAGGUUUGCUUUUGGUAUAUAUAA